CCACGUCAGUCCAAACAGGCUGUCAAUCCGUGGUUUGGGUUUUGGAUGUGCCCCAUUCGUGGCUUUUCACUUGAGUCCAUCGUGUUGCAGCUAUUCCAGUACCAGCUGGAUAUCGUCGUUUGGUGGCCUUUACUUGGCCCGCAUCCACUGAAGCAUUUGGGCGGCUUUUCGUAUCUCGCCAUGGACAGGUUUGGGAUCGAGAAUAUUGUGCAGAUCGUUAGUGAGGUUAUACCCAAGGCGAGACGCUUCUCGGUUUUGUCCGAAUAUGAACUGCUGGACCUUUGGAGAGAGUUGAUGGGAUUUGUAGAGUCGGCGCUCGCUGGCAAGGGUCAUCGGCAACAGUCGUUAAUACUACCAGGCUACGGCGCAUUCCACGUCCGCAAAGCUCAGAACAAAGGUCCCGCCGGCGGACAUCGGUACAUUCCAUACUUCAUCCCAUCACGCGGGUGGGCGAAAGUCCGGGGGUACCAGGUGACUCAGCCGCCAUCGACCCUAGAUGGCGCACCACCCCCCGACCCAUUCAACUUCUCAGCCUGCGCGCUGCACAGCGGCGUCCCGCGCGAAACGCUGGAAGUGGGGAUCAAAGAUAUCACCCAUGGAGUGAUUCGGGUGAUUAAGAGGGGGGCGACGGUGGUGUUGCCGUUUUACGGGAUUGGGAGGCUGGUGUUUAAGGAGGGGAAUCUUCGUUUCAGCUUUUCGGCGGACUUUUUGACCAAGCUGAAUGGGAGCGAUCAGACGAGGGAGGGAAAGCCCGCGUUGGGGCAGGGAGUAAGCACAUCUGCCGCCGACACCCAACAGCCCGCACAAUCAACAGAUGCCAAAGAUCAAUCAGCAUCCGCAGAAUCCGAAACAACAUCAGCACAAAAAGCCGACCCCAAGUCGGAUCCAUCUUCCGACAAGGACAUCCUCGUGCCUAAACCGCCCAGCGACCCCGCCUCCGCCGUCCAAAGUCGACCAGCAUCAGCCAGUUCCCGCGCACCAUCGAACCCCGAAGACUUGCAUGUCAUAUCGCGGGGGUACCUCAAAAAAACCGAAUCGCCGCCCAUUCCGCCUGUUCCGACAGCUCCGCCUGCUCCGCCUUCUCCUGCGCCGGAAGAGAAGGCGGUAGGGUCCAGACUGUUGGCGGUUGGGAAGCUGGAUAAACAGGGGUUGUUGGAGUUUUCGGUCAAGUCAGUGGGAACACACUCACACACGCACUCCGGCGACCGCCAAUGGAGCGACGCCAGCUGUCCCGUAUGUCGCUCCAACAAAAUCCCUCCGCUGGAACUGCGGCACAGUAAAGCGAGGAGGGAGAAGGAGCAGGAUCGGCUGCUGUUGCAGUUGUCGUUGGAUUUGGAUCAGGACUUUCUGUGUAGAGCUAAGGAGUUGGAAUGGGCGAAGAAGGCGCGGGCGAUGAGCGAUGCACAGUUCAAUAGGAACACGGCGGCUGAGAUGGCUGCACAGCAAAAACAGGCGGCAAGGGUGCUGCCCGUCAAUAACAUCUUUGAGAACCGGGAUCCAGGCGCUGAGCCGCCAGAAUCGGCACAUCGGAUCGCAACCAUAUUGCGGGAACAGAUGGUCUCGAAGCAAAUUCAGAAAGCCCAUGACCGACUCCAUCAGCAAUAUCAGAACGAGGUCUUGAACCAGAAGUUGAUUGAAGACAUCCGCAAAUCCGAAAUCGAAGCCCACCUCGACAAGCUCCGCAAACGCGCCCACCAACAAGAAGCCCUCGCCGACCAGAUCCGGCACAAACAACAACGAGCUGCCGCCGGCCGGGCAAGCGGCGGGUCCGGCGAGGCGCCCGUAGCCGACGUGGACAGCAACCCGCUGCCAAAUCCGAUGGCGCGAAGCGAGAGCUUGAUGAUCUUGUAUCAGAAGCAGAAGGCGAAACAGCUGUAUCAGGAGCAGUUGGCGUUGGUUAGGCAGAAGCAGGAGCAUGAGAGGAGGCUGGCGGAUGGGGAGAGGCAGUUGGCGUUAAGGAAGUUGGAGGCUUCGAAGGACGAGUUAUCACAAGACGUCGGCAACACGAAACGUCAAAAGUUCGAAAUGCGCCGCUCGCUCGAGCAUUUCUGGGACCAGCAGAUUGCUCUGAAACGGAAACUCCAAGCACAGGCUGCCGCGCAAGGGGUAUGCUAGAUGAGAAGAAGACGACAGAUGGACCGAUAAUUCGUAGACAGCAUUAG